UUGAACACAUUCACUUUCACCUACUUUCUACGUUAUAAGAAGUGCAACUCACCAUACCAGUUCUCAAUAUUAAGCAAAGGAACGCUCAAGCCUCAAGGGUUGGCUGUUAGGGAAGGCCAUGGAAGAAGAAAGGGUGAAGCCAAAGUGGAAUUCUCUGCUUGUUCCAUCAGUUCAAGAGCUAGCAAAGAACAUCACUGAGAUUCCAGACAGAUAUGUUCGUCCUGAUCAACAACAACAAAGUAUUGUUUCAGAGUCGGAUGAUUUGCCAGAAAUCCCAGUGAUUGAUAUGCAGAGAUUGAUCACUGAGGAAUCAACAAGUUCUGAAGAAGAAUUGGCUAAGCUUCACCAUGCUUGCAGACAGUGGGGAUUCUUGCAGUUGGUGAAUCAUGGGGUAGGGCCAGGGUUGGUGGAGAAGAUGAAGAAGGAGAUAGAGGAAUUUUUCAAUUUGGAAAUGUCAGAGAAGAAGAAGUUUUGGCAGAGAGAAGGAGAUUUGGAGGGAUUUGGACAAGCCUUUGUUGUGAGUGAUGAUCAAAAGCUUGAUUGGGCUGACCUUUUCUUCAUCUUUACACUCCCAAUCCAUUUGAGGAAUCCUUGCCUGUUCCCUCACCUACCUUUUCAUUUCAGAGAAACUCUAGAACUAUACUCACUUCAGAUGAAAAAUCUAGCAAUGACUAUUAUGGAACAAAUGGAAAAAGCUCUGGAGAUGGAAAGCAUGGAAAUCAGGGAGUUAUUUGAAGAAGGAAUGCAAUCACUGAGAAUGAACUAUUACCCUCCACGUCCUCAGCCUCACAAAGUCGAUGGUCUCACACCCCAUUCUGAUGCUGUAGGUCUCACCAUUCUUCUGCAACUCAACGAAGUAGAAGGCCUUCAGAUUAUAAAAGAUGGCAUGUGGAUACCUGUUAGGCCUCUCCCUAAUGCAUUCAUUCUGAUACCUGUUAGGCCUCUCCCUAAUGCAUUCAUUCUCAACAUUGGAGACACACUAGAGAUCAUAACCAAUGGGACAUACCGAAGUGUUGAGCACCGAGCAACAGUAAACUCUGAGAAAGAGAGACUUUCCAAUGCAACAUUUUACAAUCCAAGAUAUGAUGCAGAGAUAGGUCCUUCACCACAUACCGAAGUGUUGAGCACCGAGCAACAGUAAACUCUGAGAAAGAGAGACUUUCCAAUGCAACAUUUUACAAUCCAAGAUAUGAUGCAGAGAUAGGUCCUUCACCAAGCUUGGUCACUGAGCAUACUCCACCAAAGUUUAAAAGAAUAGGACAAGAUGAAUACCUCGAAGGCGUAUCUAGUCGUGAACUCCAGGGAAAAUCCUAUCUAGAUGCCAUGAGGAUACAACAGUGCAAUGAAAAUGAAGAAAAAAACUGAGUGAAUAGAUUGUGAACAGGCUUCUCACAGUUUCUUUAUUUGUGAUUUUAAAUUAAGCUUCUUCUAGGCUUGUUGCUCAUAAACUGCUAGAAAUACAAGAACAGGCUUUUGAAUAUUCGAAUUUGUCAAGAGUUGCAAAUGAGCAGAAAUACAAUGACAAUUUCUGGCCAUAAAACUGAACUAAGGUGAUAUCUUGGGUUCCAUCUAUACUCUUCAUUUUUCCCUUCUUAAACAGAACGUGUUGCAUUGAAUCAAAUAAGUAGCUUGUGCCAAGGAAAA